AGUGAGCGGCCCGGUCUCCCCGCACGGCCAUCUGUCCCACUGACAAGCUGUAACGGCUCUUUGGAAUCUGACGCCGACCUCCGAACCGCUCGGUUUCUGGCAGCGCCCGGGUUAAACUUUUAACAACAUGGCCCCCGUCCGUAACCACACGAAGGAGGCAGACGGAGGGGACGAGCGCAGCGGCGUCGCGUCUGACAGAAAGAUGAGGAAACCGCUGGUGGAGAAGAAAAGAAGGGCUCGCAUCAAUGAAAGUUUACAAGAACUCAGAGUUCUCAUGGCGGAUGCAGACUCGCAAUCAAAGAUGGAGAAUGCCGAAGUGCUGGAGAUGACAGUGAAACGUGUGGAGGGCUGCCUGCUAAACCGGGCUCAAGAAGUGGACGCCGCGAGCCGGGAGGCGUGCGAGCGCUUCGCCGCGGGCUACAUCCAGUGCAUGCACGACGUGCACACGUUUGUGUCGAGCUGCCCGGAGAUGGAACCGACGGUGGCCGCCGAGCUGUUGAACCACCUCCUCGAAAGCAUGCCCCUGAACGACGAAGACAGCCUGCGGGCGCUGCUGCCGGACACGGCGGAAGAUCCCCCCGGAAAUAACAGCGCUUGGUCCGUGUCCGAGAGCAUGUACGCGACCCUAGUGUCCCCGGCCCCCUCCACCACCUCCACCUCCACCUCCACCGAUGACCUCUGCUCCGACCUGGAUGAGACGUACUCGGAGCAGAGUCACGUUUCUUCAGAGGAGGAGGCCGACGGCCACGAUGCGUUGAGUUUGCCUUCGCUGGCUCACUCCAAGUCAAUGUGGAGGCCGUGGUAGAUCACGUCAACAGGAGAAUUAGCACGUUUUAAACUAGACUAGAUGAAUUGUUGCGUGGCGUUAGGAUGUUUUGCGGGGUAGGCCUCGGUCCAUGACAACAACACUGCUGAUCGUUGAGGCAUCUGAGAAGCUCUUAGUGUAAUUAGCUGCAGAACUACAAUAAGGCUCCAAUGUAUUUAAUAAAGUAUGUAAUGAAAUCUGUCCUUCAGAAGUCAAAGACUUGUAGGGUCUUCAUUUGGAAGUGUAUUGGCCUUUACAUGGGCCUGCCUUCAGCGAAGGGGUGAAUGCAUAUGUAAAUAUUUACUUGUUGAAUAUGAAUAGGCUGUACAAAAGAAAGCUGUCGCCCUUCGCAAUGCAUUGCUAGUCGUGUGUGUAAAUUAUUCUUCAUUUAGAAUGUCUUUAACUUUCAUAUUUAUAUGUGUCCAAUGACUUUUAGUAGGCUACCUCAUCCCGUUUGCCUAAGUUAAAACUUUUUAAUAAAUGUAUUUUUGGCAUUUUAA